GAUCAGAUUCAGUAACAAUGGCAGACGAGGUGGUUCUCUUGAAUACUUGGGCCAGUCCCUUUGGGAUCAGAGUGAGAAUCGCCUUGGAUGAGAAAAGUGUGGAAUACCAAUACAGGGAAGAGAACCUCCAAGACAAAAGUCCUCUUCUGCUGCAGAUGAACCCAAUUCAUAAGAAGAUCCCUGUCUUGAUCCAUAAGGGAAAACCCAUCUGUGAAUCUCUCGCCAUUGUUCAAUACAUUGAUGAGACAUGGAAGGACGACAAAGCUCCUCCAUUGUUGCCUUCUGAUCCUUACCAACGAGCCCAGGCCAGAUUCUGGGCUGACUACAUCGACAAUAAGGUUUUCAGCAGUGUUGGGGGAAUAUUGCGGAGCCCGAAAGGAGAAGAACAAGAGAAGGCUAAGAAGGAAUUCAUAGAGGGAUUGAAGGUCUUGGAAGAAGAACUUGGAGACAAGGCUUACUUUGGAGGUGACAAUUUUGGGUUCUUGGAUUUGAGUUUUGUGGCCUUGUACUCCUGGUUUUAUGCCUUGGAGACUUUAGUCAAUUUCAGCUUAGAGGCAGAGUGCCCAAAGUUGAUUGAAUGGGCCAAGAGGUGCAUCGAGAAGAAGGAAACUGUGGCUAAGUCACUUCCUGAUUCACUCAAGAUGUAUGAUUACGCUCUUCAAAUUAGAAAGAGGUUAGGUGUGGAUUAG